CCUCCUCUCUCUCCACCAGCCCCUGCAGGUCCUGAGCCCCCAGCUCCCUCCCUGCUCCUCGAGCUCUUGCACCCCACACUCCUUCAGGCAUGUCCCCUUCCCCCCCAGGGCACGGACCUCCAGAAGAAAAUUGACCACGAGAUCCGCAUGCGGGAGGGGGCCUGCAAGUUGCUGGCGGCAUGCACUCAGCGGCGGCAGGCACUGGAGGUCACCAAAAGCCUCCUCGUCUGCAACAGCCGCAUCCUGGCAUACAUGGCUGAGCUGCAGCGCAUGAAGGAGGCGCAAGUGAUGCAGCGCAUGGCUCGACGUCCUUCUGAGGCUGGACCCACAGAUGGUCGCUUACCAUGUCGGGGCCGAAUCUGUGUCUCAGAUCUCCGGAUCCCCCUGAUGUGGAAGGACACGGAAUAUUUCAAGAACAAGGGGGACUUGCAUCGCUGUGCGGUGUUCUGCCUGCUGCAGAUCGGCACGGAAAUCUAUGACACGGAGAUGGUGCUUGUAGACAGGACGCUGGCCGACAUCUGCUUUGAGAACACAGUGCUCUUCACCGAGGCUGGCCCGGACUUUGAGCUGAAAAUUGAGCUCUACAGCGCAGCCCUGGAGGAGGACUCAGCCCUGGGCACCACCCCCAAGAAGCUGGCCAGCCGCCUAAGCAGCUCACUGGGGCGCUCAUCCGGGAAGCAGAUGCGGGCUGCCCUCGAUGGCAGCAGCUCGGGGAACAACGGGAGAUGCAGUCCACUGCUUCUGCCCGCGCCCCCCAGUGUGACAGGGCCCAAAUAUCAGCUGCUGGCCUGUGCCCACCUUGGCCUGGUGCACGUCCAGGACGCCUUUCGCACCCAUGACCUCCUUGUCACUAGCAACGAGGAGAGCUCCUUCUGGCUCCCCCUGUACGGCAGCCUCUGCUGUCGCCUGCUGGCCCAGCCCAGCUGCAUGGUGGACCAGGUGAUGGCUGGCUUCCUCAAGGUGCAGCAGGGGGAGCAGCCAGACUGGCCGAGGCUCUUCUGCCUCCUGCGCGGCACCAACCUCCUCUGCUACCGGCACCCCCAGGAUGCCGAGGCCCAGCAAGAAGCAGCCUUCACCAUCGCUGUCAACAAGGAGACGCGCAUACGGGCCACCGAGAAGAGCCCCGAGGGCCCCGUCCAUUGCAUGUCGGUCACCAACCGCUACGGAGGCGAGGAAGUGACCCACGCGCUGCAGGCCGAGUCUCGCGCUGAGGCCCGGCGCUGGAUGGAGGCCUUCUGGCAGCACUUCUACGACAUGAGCCAGUGGAAGCACUGCUGCGAUGAGGUUAUGAAAGUGGAGGUGCCAUCCCCACGUCGCCCUCCCACACUGCUGCCCAAGCAGGGGUCCCUGUACCACGAGAUGGCUAUUGAGCCCGCGGAUGACAUCGAGGCAGUGACCGAGAUCCUGGCCCGGAGGGUCUCCGACCUGGGUGACCCAGUGUGGCUCUCUCUCUUUGAGGGCUCCUCCCCUGGCAUCGCUUCCAGCUGCAACCGUGGCGGCUCCAGCACUGGCCCGUGCCCCCCACAGCCUCCCUGGGGCCGGCCUCGCACCUUCUCGCUGGAUGCCAAGCUCGGCCGGCUGAAGGGGCGUGCAGGGUGCCCACCGCUCUCCCCUUCGCCCAAGGCCCGCGGCCCUUCCCGCUCCAGCUCGGGGUCCUCCAGCAGCUGCAGCUCAACUCCAGACUCGGAGCUGACCCUGCGGACCCCCGCCCGGCCCUGCUUUGACCCUCGCCUGUGGCUGCAAUCUCAGGGCUGAAGCUGCCGCAGGGCUGACCCAGAGGUGGGGCACCAGCACUGGACAGACCUUCCCACUGCGGAGACCGAGCAGCCGGGCCCAGACUGGCCUGGCCACACCCCCCAGCGCUCCCCCACUGGAGAAGCAGCCUGCCAGGGAGUUGGGGGCAAGGGCCCCUGGCCAGACCCCCUCCAUUUUCAGGAGAAAAACGCCUUCCCUUCCUCUCCUUGCAAGAAACUGGAAUAUUUGCUGUUGAAAUGGGAGAAGCCCAGGGGCAGAGCACCCCAUCUCCCUUCAGCCUGCCUUUUCCUGACCCCCUGUUGAGCUGCAGGGAUUUGCAUCGAGGAGGAAGUGUGGUGGGGGUGCCCCAGGCUGCUGUGUGGCCCUUUUCUACACACACACACACACCCCAGUCUGUGUCAAGGGCAGCGGCCUCCUUUCCUGUGAAUACACAUUAAAUUGUAUUGAAUUGC